CUGGGCACCUCUUCAGUAGCAUCAGCAAACAGAAUUUCGCGACUCAACAUUGGCGAAACCGAAACUCCGGUACGUUGAGCCGCUGCGUCCGUAGAGCGCACCAUGUCGACCACAGCUUCAAGCUUAUUAUGAUCUCACAUCACACCGGCUUGGCCUUUCUUGCCUUAUUGCUCGACACUGGUUCCGCCUGCCGCGUUCGUCCGCGACACACGUACGCAGCUAAGCGAGGACAUCUUUCGAUUGCGCCGGAGCAUCGAGGCCUCUCGAGAUCGCUUUGGCGCCGUCCCUAAUCGCGACCUUUACAUGCCGAUCGUGAUCGAGAGGGAUUCCGUUGCGCCUGCUUUGAGCUUCGCCUUCAGAUCGAGCGGUAUUAUCCUUUACGUUCCGGUAUCGGUUGGCCUAUGCCCCUGUACACCAGGAUCGGCUCGUGAAGGCGUCGGUCAUAUCAAACGUGAGAGGGGCUUGGUGUGGCGUGCAGGCACGGGAUCUUGUUCGUCCUAGCUAGGCUCCGCUUCGAAGACCGACUGAAGCCAAGGUCUCACCCGACUGGUGUGGCCAUGCAUGCCCCACUCCUCACAUGCGCCUCUCACUGAGGCCGCUGUGAUGAGACCGAGCUUUCCAUCCAGGCACUCGAGGAAAUAAGCCUAGAUCACUCUCGCCCGGAGUCACAGUGCCCUCUCAUGCGUGUUACACGACGCCAUCUGUUCCCGUUGUGGGCUCUUCAACCAGCCUCUUCCAGUCACGCGGUG